AUGUUCGCCGCCGCGUCCACAGUGACGAGCUCUCGAAUCACCGCUCCGGUGAACGCGCGACGCGCGCGACGCGUCACCACCGCCGCGACGGCGGAGGACGCGCGCGAGACGCGCCGCGCGGCGCUCGUCUCCUUCACCGCCGCGGCGGCGCUCGCGGCCAAGUCGGCGCUGGCGAUCACGAUCCCGUCCCAAGCGUCGAGCGGUGGUCUCGGCCGCGGCUCUGGCAUCGCUUUCUCUUCCACCGAGGCGUCGAUGAGCGCGUACACGCUGGAGGGGACGAAGAAGAAGGGGAUCUCCGUCAAGCAAAAGCGCGGGGUCCUCGCGAACGCGCGCGCGCAAGCGGAAGAGGCGGCGGGCAAGAAGACCGUCGUCGAAGAAGAAGUGAAGAAGGGCAAGAAGAAGUAG